CAACCAGCGCGUGUUGAACUCUUUUAGUUGCCGUUUACCUACGGUCGGAUACGGUCGGAUUUAAACCAGCGUAUCGCUGCUUAGCUAGAAGCAGUUGCGGCAGUGUGCCUCAACCAAACCAAACCCUCAGCCGUUGGUUGGCACAUGCACAUGCAACAUUUCUUGUCCUUGAGAGUGAUUUCCGUUGAAUAUUCAUGAAUUUUUAGCCAACAAGUAACGAUUGAAUUUCAUUUCUAAAGUGUUAUUUUGAAAUAGUGCAAGCUGUGCGAAGGCACUCAAAAUGGUGAACAAACAAUACAACGUACACAAUCCCAAAUUAUACAAAUCGAAGAGUGCUCAUAAUUCACCUCCACCGAUGAGAAAUUAUCCGGAGGUGUCAAACCAACCGAAUCCUCCCAGUGUAAGCGGAUCACUGGAGAACAAUUUAAACCACAGUGUCGAACAUCAGCACCACAGCCGUCACCGUUCGUUACAUCUUAAUCCAACCCAGAACAAUUUGGAUUUGGAUGUCCGGCGUCGUAAUGCAGGCUCAACAUCGCCCUCCGUCGAGGACUUCGGCGAGGAUGGUGUGUACGGGCGUAAUAUCAGUUAUUACAGUGAAACCACCCAGCUUGGGGGUAGUGAAAGUCCUACAAGUGGCAAUCAUGAGCGGCUCAGCGUGAAGGAUUUAACCAUCAGUGACAUUGGUCGGUUUCAGUACAUUCUACAGAUGGAUCGAGAAGUGGGUACACCAUACAGCGGAUACACAGAAACAUCCUCCCAGCAUUCACCCUCGGCAGGGAACACUUUGCCCAAUCACCUGCAUGCUAACCGUCAGAGUUUUAACUACUGGAAGGCCGGCUCCCAAACUCCGCUCACCAGUUCCUCCUCCGUAAAUUCCUUUUUCCGGCCAUCUUACCAUUCCAGCUGUUGCUUCUGGAAAGCUCUCAAGCUGAUAUGGCGCUUCAUCAAGUGGCCCCUGGGACUGCUUUUGAUUAGCAGUUUAUUAGGUUUAGUGGUGUAUUUCUUGGUUGUAGAUAGGGAUAUAAUGAGCAGCUCUCUGCUGGGAGAUAACGGAAUUUAUGACGUUGAAGAGAAUCUGUCUAUAGAUUUUAACGAUUUUACCCACACUAACGAACUGGGUAGCAGUGCUGUAACUACAUUUGGCCGAGAUCAUAAAGAUAAAGGAAUCGGAUUUUCUAAGGAUGGUGCUACACCGAAUUCAAAGUUUUCUUUCGGUCUAAAUAAUGACUUACUUGCGUUUUUCGUCAAAAAAACUGAACAUAACAGGAAUGAAGGUCAACACUUGUGGACCUCCACGGAGCAUGAAAAUCUUAGUGAAGAAACCCCUGCCCAAGUGGUGAAGAUCAGUAGUUCUACACGGACGCCCGUACGGAAAACAAGCACUAUUUCGUUGAAGGAUUACACCAAAGCGAAGGUAUCUUUCGACGACGAUGAAUUCGAGAACGAAGAUGAUGUCAAAGAACAAACUACACGGGCUAUCGACGCCGAAGCAGAUGGACAAAGCAGACAGGUGGGAUCUAACGAAGAUAUUUCGCUCAGAUCGCUUGGAUUCACUUCAGGUCAUCAGAAUAGCUUUGGCGUCCCUAUCGAAGAGGAUGAGCAACAGUUGAAGAUGUUAAAUGAACAGUUGAUGAUACUUGAAAGGCAGAGAGAAAAAAAUCUUACCUCCGCCUCGACCACAACGGACUCCAGUUUAUAUAGGACCAAAGUUUCCCCAACACUACCUAUUCUGUCACGGUUCGAAAUUACCACCGAAGGUUUGAAACGAUUCAAUAUUUCCGAAGAAGGUACUGCCCACAAGCCAACAGACAGCCCAGCAGGUAUUUGCAAAUCUACAUCGCUACCCUUGUGCCGAGGUGUUCUACCAUAUGACCUGACCACUUCGAAGAAUCUACAACUCACAAACAUGGAGUAUGAACAUUUCCAGUACCUUAUCAAUUCCAAAUGUUCAGCUCGAGUCGCCGAAUUUGUCUGUCUCGCACUAGAACCCGAGUGUCGACCGACGAGAAUGGGAACUUUGACACCUUGUAAACGAAUUUGCAAGUCUAUUCUCGAACCAUGCGCGCAUAUCAUCGCUAGUUCAGAAAUACUGACAGCUACCUUUGAUUGUGAUAGUUAUCCGGAUUCGAAUGAUCGGAAUGUAUGCGAAGAUCCUACCCGUCAAAGCGAUUGUUACGCCAAUGAAUUCCAGUGCGCCGAUUCUAGCUGUAUACCACUACAAUGGAAAUGUGAUAACAUUAAAGAUUGCCACAACGGAGAGGAUGAAUCAGACUGCAAAUUCUGCGAACGAGACGAGUAUCGCUGUCUAUCAAACGACAAGUGCAUUCCAGACAAGUGGCGUUGUGACCAGUACGAAGACUGCCCGGAUGCAUCAGAUGAAAUAGACUGCUACUACGAUGAACAAACCACCUAUCCGACCGGGUUCGGAAACCAGCGUGAAUAUCCAUUUGUACAAGUGCAGGUUCCAAAUAGCCCGGUGAAUCAAAAGCCGUAUCUUACAAUCACUAACGAGGAUCGGGAACGAAAUCAGCAGAACCACCAAGAAGAGCAAUUACGCAAAGAGCAAAAGUACUCCGAUUAUGAUUCAUCUAGUGAGGAUGAAUAUGAACCAACAGCUGCAGAAAACGUUCCUCAAGUAAAUCGAAGAAACAGAACGGAUCCAGUCGAAAGCAAAACCGAAAAAGCUGAAGAUCAAACUGAAGCAGAGACUACACGGACUAUUUCAGUCUCAAAAUCUUUGAGCAAUUUCCAGGACAGUAAAGAAAUUAUGAUGACCUCCGAUUCAGAAAACGACUAUAAGUUUAGUAGUACUAGUAGAGUCUUUUUGACGACAGCCCAUGCGUCACCAUGUCCAGAAGGAGAGCUACGAUGUGUUAGUGGUAUUUGCAUUUCAGUGGAUCAAUUGUGUGAUAAAGUUGCGGAUUGCGCCGACGGUGCCGACGAGGCCAUGUGUGUUUAUAAGAACUAGAUAAAAAAUAAACUUAUCGAUCACUACAUUACACACGAAUCGAAACCACGACCAGGAAGAUUUUAUCAAAGUUGCAUCCCACACUGUUCGGAACAGAAAUUUCCGUUGAACAAAGAGAUUUGAGCGGUUGAAUAAGUAAAGUGAUUAUAUUUGUUAACUUGUUGUUAAUAUUUAGAUUUAGUAUAAUACAACAUCCUCUCUAUCACUUACCAUUACCAUUGUUGAAGUUACCCAUAUUGUGUAUUAUUAGGCAAAUGAGCAAUAGGACAGAACAAUUUGUGUAAUAAUAGAAUAACUACAUAGGUUGGCGCGUCUAAAUACUCUACAAAACGGUGUGUUUUGUGGUACGUAUUUAAAAGCACCAGCGUUUGCAUGAAUAUUUUAAACGAUGGAUAUUUUAGUGAAGCAAUGUAAAUAAAUCAUUGACUAUCGACUCAUUUCAUGUAACUUUUGUAAAUCUUUUUCAAUAAACUUUUUACAGUAUA